AUGUCAGUAAUAUUCCACGAGAACCCGGGCACAAGUCUCGGGUCGGUGCCCGAGACGAACGGCUCCAGGGAGGUGGAUCUUUCGAUCGAAACCAGUCCGGAAUGGGUCGACGAACUGUUUCCGAACAUGUCUUUCAUCGAUUCGCCCACGCAUCAGAACAUACGAGGCUUCUGUCGAGACGUCUUCGUGCUCAGGUUACCCGGCGCAUUUCAGUGAGUCAUCCAGAGUCAUCCAAUUUAUUCCAAGCCCUUCCGUGUUCAGAAUCCGAUACUGGGAUGCUGCGAUCUUAGUACCCAACCUUCUGUUUCUCCUCUUUCUCAUUUUAAAGUGCGGCAGUGUGAUCCGGAAGCUGCGGACAGGCAACUCGCCGGUGCUCCGGGCCUUCACGCUCCUCGUCUACAUCUCCACUCUUGUGAACAUCAUCAGAUGCGUCUACAGUAUGACACUCUCGAUGACCAGCGGACUGGAGCACACAGUCGACCAGACCCUCUGGAUUGUCAUCAAGUUUUUCUAUCUGACUGCCGAGUUCUGCGCUCUCACGUUCGGAUUGCUGUUCGGUCAUUUGGACAACGGGAAGUCGAUUCUGGUGGCGCUGCUCGGCACAUUAUUCGUCUCGAUACCUCAUACGGCAGUUCAGAUGAUCAUCGAGAUGAAGAUCAUUGACAAUGUGAGUUCGAAAGGGACGUCUCUUCUAAGCCCUUCCCCUUUCAGUCGUGGCUCCCGUUAACGUACUUCGACGUGCAGUCCGACGGCGGCUUCAUCUUCUGGGUGCUCUCCUCAGCCGUUCUAGCGCUCAUCUACUUCUCCAUCAUGUGUCUUCCUCUCGUGUGCUGCCAGAAGUACACAAAACUGCCAAGCAAGGGCUCCUUCUUCAUCUACUGCAUGAUGAUGGUCGUUCUCAAUCUGCUGCAAUCCCUCGGAGCCGCUCUCAUUCUGUUCAAGUCCUCCGAUGGCUUAUGGUAAUUCAGAAGUGCUCAAGCGUUAUUUGAUGGUUUUCUGCGAUUUCAGUUUCGUCGGAGUCUCCACUUAUAUCUAUUUUGUAAUGUAUCCACCCAUCAUCUACUUUACUUUCUUGAGAAAAAAGUUGAAGUAAGCCAUCUCUCCAUUGAGUAUUAUCUUCUAAUAUACAACUAUUUUCAGAACUCCUCCGAACAACACCUCCGGACUGUUCAUGUACCGAAAACACAAAGAUGAACAGGGAUCCGGAGACCUUCCAGAAGCAUAUUAUCCACGUUUCUCAGGUUUGGAAACAUUGGAGUUACAGGUUUGAAGUUAACAUUCUUUUCAGGUCUGACUUCUCCAUCAUACGACGAUUUGUUCGAUUACGAUCGAGAUGCCAGAUUCACGCAUUACGACAUCUCUACUAAUGAAUAUGUACAGGUUGGUCCCUAACUUUUACAGACUUCUGAUCAUAAUCCGAACGUCAGUUCUUCCAGAACCCGCACUAUAAUACCUACUCGACUCCCCUGAUAAUGUCCUCCGUGGAGACAGCCGAGUCCACGGUAACCACGCGGACUGGCUCCGACGACUACGCGCAUCACAGAGAUUCCAUGCUCUUCGAGCACCCAACUGGCACCACGACCCGUCAUCUCAAAGGUCUCGGACCUCAAGGAUCGCUCGUUUUUGAGGACCAUCCGAUCGCCACUCUUCGCUUGUAA